GAGCUGGCUGCAUUUGUGGCUUGGGACGCGAAGCGACUGCCCGACGGCCGGCGAUGGUCUAGGCGCCCUCAGCCGCCCCUCCCCGAGACGCAGCCGGCCCUCCCCGCGAGCGCCCCCCGCCUCCCGCCCCGCGCCCCCGUCUCCUCCGAGCCACCCGGGGGUGCGGCGCCCGCCAGCAUGAGCGGCUCCUUCGAUCGCAAGCUCAGCAGCAUCCUGACCGACAUCUCCAGCUCGCUCAGCUGCCAUGCGGGCUCCAAGGACUCGCCCACCCUGCCCGAGUCUUCGGUCACCGACCUGGGCUACUACAGCGCGCCGCAGCACGACUACUACUCCGGCCAGCCGUACGGGCAGACGGUGAACCCCUACACCUACCACCACCAGUUCAACCUCAACGGGCUCGCGGGCACGGGCGCCUACUCGCCCAAGUCGGAAUACACCUACGGGGCCUCCUACCGGCAGUACGGCGCCUACCGCGAGCAGCCGCUGCCCGCCCAGGACCCAGUGUCGGUGAAGGAGGAGCCGGAAGCCGAGGUGCGCAUGGUGAACGGGAAGCCCAAGAAGGUCCGAAAGCCGCGCACCAUCUACUCCAGCUACCAGCUGGCCGCCCUGCAGCGCCGCUUCCAGAAAGCCCAGUACCUGGCGCUGCCUGAGCGCGCCGAGCUGGCCGCACAGCUGGGCCUCACGCAGACACAGGUGAAAAUCUGGUUCCAGAACCGCCGGUCCAAGUUCAAGAAGCUAUACAAGAACGGGGAGGUGCCCCUGGAGCACAGUCCCAACAAUAGCGACUCCAUGGCCUGCAACUCCCCGCCGUCACCAGCCCUCUGGGACACCUCCUCCCACUCCACGCCAGCCCCUGCUCGCAGCCAGCUGCCCCCGCCGCUUCCGUACAGCGCCUCCCCCAGCUACCUGGACGACCCCACCAACUCCUGGUACCACGCACAGAACCUGAGCGGACCCCACUUACAGCAGCAGCCACCGCAGCCUGCCACCCUGCACCACGCCUCCCCGGGACCCCCACCCAACCCCGGGGCUGUGUACUGAGCUCCUCCUGGCCUGUGCCCCCACGAAGGACCCGGGACCAGGCAGAAGUGCCUCCGUCCUAGCGACACUCAGGAAUCACCGAGGAGCACAGGGGAAGGGCCAGCUGUCUCCCUCCCCAGUCCCUUCUCCAGGGACCCAAGAGUUUCCAGAUGAAUUUGGCACGGGCCGAGAAUGUCCCCUGAACCUCCCUCCCCUGCUUAGAACUGGGGCGCCCCUCCAGAUGCGGGCACAUUCACCCCAGGGGGAGCCUGGAUUAGCUUUAACAGCUCAUCACCUUCAAGCACCUCAAGCCUAAGCGCUCCCCGGACUGGAGACCAGGGGACAGGGACAUGGAGUGUUUCUAAGCUGAGCCUGGGCUGGGGCACCAGGCGUGAUGGAUCCUGACCCCCGCCAUGUUGGGCUCCUCCUAAGCAACCUGGGGCCUCUCCUUCCUGCACGGCCCUCCUGCCAAAGAGACAUUGGACAUCAUGACUGGGACUCGGGGUGGGGACCUGAUCUCCACCCGGCCCGCACUUGUAGCCCUCGUUCAAGAUUUGAGGGUUAAACCAAAGAAACCACCCCCAGUGAGGGAAUCUUUUACAUCCGGGGGCUUUUGGGGGAAGAAUUCUAGGAGCCAUCACCCCUUCCCCCCUCUGCUGGGAGGGCAUCUCCAUGGUUCUCCUAAGUACCCCAUUUCCUCCUCCAUGUACAGGACUUUGCACAACCUUGGUUUUAAAAGCUGUUGAAAAAUAAGAAAACAAAGGGCAUUGUUACCAGAUAGGACCAAAUCUCCCCCUUGGUGGGCAGCUGUGUCCCGCCUCUGCCUCCCCUCUCCUCCUCCGCCUCCUCUUCCUCCCCUUCCUCCUCCUUCUCUCCAACAAGUUGUCAGGUUGGGCACCAAACCCCAAAUCUCCACAGAGAUACGCCAGGCAAGACAAAGCCCUAGACACCCCCUUUCUGGUGGCCUUGGAAAUAGAUUGCUCCGCCGAGCUGGAGAACUUGGGGUGAGUGUGGCGCUCUGUGGGAAGGGCAGGGCUGUGACCCAGUGCCUUAGGGGUGAGGGCUGGCGGCCAGGAGGGCUGGCCCAGGCGUCCCCCCAAAGCUAACCCGUCUCCACCCGUGAUGUGGUGAAACAUCGAAGGAGAGGAGAGGUAAAAGACUGUAGCUAUAUAUAUAUAGUAUGUAUUUUUUUUAAGAGCAACAGAGAGAAGCGGCCUCCUCCCUCCUGUGGUUUCCUAUUUAUGUGACCCUUUUUCUCCUGGAUGGAUCUCCCUGUGCGUUGAGAGAGAUGUGGGCUCCGGCUGGAUUUGGGCUUCCUGGGAGGUGUAGGAGUGAGGAGAGACAUGGUGGGUCUCCCAGUCCCACCCCAGGGGGACAGGAACGAAGCCAGCUCCCACCCCUCCCAGCCUUCUCGAUUCUGCUUUCUUACUGGACCCAUCUUUAUAUAUAAUGUUAAUAAAAAAAAAGAAAAGAA